AUGGAUGAGGAAGCGUCGAAUUCAGCACGUCGAAUGUCGACGAGAUCUCGUAAGGUUGCUCCGAAAAUGGCUGCUGCGCUUGCAAGCUCCGACAAUCGAACACAGGCAAUUUUGGCCCGCCUUGAUGCUUUGGAAAGUGACAAUGCUGUGCCGGAGCCGGUGCAACUUGAUGACGAUGAUGAAGCCUCUCUUGAUGACGAUGAUCAAGUAUAUCAGAAGAGGCAAUCGAAAGGCACUAAAAGGAAAACACGCCAAGCCAAGGCUCUUGAGAACAAGAAGGCUCCAAAGACAUUCAUUGAGCUCUUGAAUGAGGCAAACCUGGAGUCCUUGCCUCCCCAUGUCCCCACCUACUUGAGAGCAGCAGCGGGACCUCCGAGCUCCACCUGCCGUCGUCAUUUCUGCACUGUUUGUGGAUUCUCUGCUCCCUAUACAUGUGUACAGUGUGGGAUGCGCUUCUGUUCAAUCCGAUGCCGGACCAUCCACAAUGAUACUCGAUGUUUGAAAUUUGUUGCCUGA